CUUCUGGAAAAGAUAGAAUGUGAUGCAGCCCUGCCCACCAAAUGUCUCUGAUCUGGGACACUGCUAUUAAGUACAUGACAGAUGGCUGUUUGCUAAGGGAGAUUCUGUCGGACCCCAGUCUGCGCCAGUACAGUGUCAUUAUUCUGGAUGAGGCUCACGAAAGAAGCCUGAACACGGACAUCUUGCUGGGGCUGUUGAAGAAACGGUGUCAGACAGGUGAGGGGUCUGGAGGCCGGCCAGCCCCUCUGAAGGUAGUGGUGAUGUCUGCCACUCUGGAAACGGACAAGCUCUCCGUUUUCUUGGGUCAUUGUCCUGUUUUCACCAUCCCGGGCCGCACGUUCCCAGUCACCGAGAUAUUCUGCAACCUCAUAGGUCCCAAAGACACAGAAAGCUCUGCCUAUCUAAAGGAGGUUGUGAACGUGGCUCUGGAUGUACACACCAGUGAGCGAGCAGGGGACAUGCUUGUUUUUCUGACUGGGCAGAUUGAGAUUGAGAAAGCCUGCGAUAUUCUCUACCAGAAGGCCGAGUCCAUAGACUAUCGUUACGACGUGCGAGACAGAUCUGUGGAAGGCCUGCUGAUUCUGCCUCUAUAUGGAUCUAUGCCAACUGAUCAGCAAAGGCAAAUAUUUCAGCCACCUCCAGCGGGCAUAAGGAAGUGUGUGGUGGCAACAAAUAUUGCCGCUACAUCUUUGACAAUAAAUGGAAUAAGGUAUGUUGUUGACAGUGGGUUUGUCAAACAGCUGAACCACAACUCCAGAGUCAGGCUGGAUGUUCUGGAAGUGGUACCAAUUUCAAAGAGUGAAGCUCGGCAGAGGGCAGGCAGGGCAGGGAGGAUGUGCGCUGGGAAGUGUUACAGGAUCUAUAGCAGGGACUUCUGGGAGAAGUGCAUGUCAGAGUACACUGUUCCAGAGAUCCAGAGGACCAGUCUGACUGCUGUCGUCCUCACUCUCAAGUGCCUGGGAAUCGACGAUGUUAUCAGGUUCCCUUAUCUGGACCGUCCUGAAGAGAGGUUCCUUCUGGAGGCCCUGAAGCAGCUGUACCAGUGCGAUGCCAUUGACAGGAGAGGCCGAGUGAUGAGGCUGGGCCAGAUGAUGGCGGAGUUCCCCCUUCCCCCGGGUCUGACCCGGGCCCUGAUCAAAGCAGCAGCGCUGGGCUGUGAGAAUCUGCUGCUCCCUGUGGCUGCCAUGCUCUCCGUUGAGAACGUCUUCAUUCGACCAGGUCAGGCGGAAAAACAGCAGGAAUCAGAAGUGAAGCACAGGCAGCUAGCCACUCAAGCAGGCGCCGGGAGUGACUUUGCAGUUCUGCUCCACAUCUUUGAACAAUGCACAGCCAGCGCCUCUCCUGCCUCGUGGUGCCGAGAGCACUGGAUCCACUGGAGAGCCCUGAAGUCCGCCCUCAGCGUGGAAGCGCAGCUGCGAGAAACCCUCCUUCGCCUCAAGCAGCUAAAGGAUUUUCCGACUGAGAAGUUUGACGGCUCUAGGAGUGAGCUACUGCAAAGGUGUCUGUGUGCUGGAUAUUUCACCAAUGUUGCUAGAAGGUCAGUUGGGAGGACAUUCUGCACAAUGGAUGGACAUGGGUCUGUUGUUCACAUUCACCCAUCAUCAUCGCUAUUUGAUUGCACAGCCCAGCUGGACUGGAUCAUUUUCCAUGACAUGCUGGUCACGUCCAAGGUGUACGUGCGAACGGUCUGUCCCAUCCGCUACGAGUGGGUCAGGGACCUGCUGCCCAAGCUCCACGAGGUGGACGCGUACGAGCUGAGCAGCGUGGCCAGGGAGGAGGUCACGGAGGAGGAGGUGGCCAAGUGGGAACGGAAAGAAAUGGCUAAAAGACAGACAGCAGAGGCGGCGGAAGACAUGAUGAAGAAACUGAAGAGGAGGAACGACGAGAGCUCUGUGGCGGAGGCGCGGGCACGAUACCUGCAGCGCAAGCAGGAGAGGCAGCAGGGAAAAGCGCAGUGAGGGAGGAAGUGCUGGGACCGGGGUCCCCAGCGCUGAAGAGGGCAGCAAGAGGCCCUGGAAUGCUGUACUUCACAUUCCUGUCCCAGCUGACACAACACAACAGGAAAAGGGGAGAGUUCAGAGCAGUGUGAGCACAGAGCACAGGACAGGAGGCCGUCAUGGCGGAAAUCGCCCCUCUCAAUCAGCCUUGCAGGAAAUGUUGCAAAUACAAUUGCACAACGCGAAUAACUGGGGAAAAACAAAGAAAAGAGAAAUCAGCGCAGCUCUGAAAGGAGUCAAGGACUGUUACUUGCUUUGUCAGCUUUCCCUCUUGACUUCAUAUAGAUAAAAUGUCCUAAUGACAAUCAUUGGAGGUGUUUUCAAGACAAGUGCUUUUUAAUCCCGUUGAAAUACAGUGGUUUUCAUUGCUGUGUCGACAAUAAAAAGGUCUACUGAGUUA